GGCAGCUCCGUACCCAGCAUAGGCAAGCAGCGGCCACGCCGGCGACCACCUAACGACGAGCAGCCCAGACCCGACCCGACUUCCAAGCACAGCAGCGAAGAAGACAAACCCGACCCGGCUCUAGAACCAAGACGGUGGCGUCCUUCUAGCGACGAGCUCCAGCAGUGACGAGCUCCUAAUUCCAGCGACGGACGAAGCUCUAGGGCUGACCCGACCCGAUGAAGACCAGCGAGGAAUGGAAGCUGCAGGUCUAAUUUUGGACAUGAGAUUACCAAUUUACCCCUGGUUUCUACUAUAUUUUAAUUCAUAAUUUCAGCACUUACUGGUCCUUUUCUUUCUAAUUUCUCCUACUCUAUAUAUACUCCCCUAGCUCUAAUUUGUUAAGGGAGCUCCCCCAUAUAUUUUUUCCAUGUUCUUAGAUUAGGAUUUGAGCGAGAAGAAUAGGGAUAUAUAGAAGAAGAAUUCCUAUCCACACUAUAUGGGCCGAGGUGGAUAUGCCAUGCUUCAGCGUGAGUUUUCCGCUGCUUCUCAGGCCACCACUUCUGCUGAUAUCGCUGGUUCGUCUAUCGAGACGAGUUCUCAGCUCGGACGGAAGAACUCUUGGUUGCGAGGUCACACCCCGGGGAGGCAGGCAGAAGUUACGGACCCUGCACUGAUGGAGAUUCGUGAUAGGAUAGUCCAGCUGAAGAAGGAGGUCGCAGUCGGUACCUUUGUGCCAGAUGGGCACAAUGAUUAUGGACUAUCUGUGUCCGGGAGUGCUCUCGAAGGGGCAUCCAUGUCGCAACACACACUGUCUCUAGCACCUCAUUAUGGGCAGCGUAGUAGCAAGGCGUCUACAGAUUUUGUUGACGUCGCCGGUGUCACUGAGGUUGCUGCUUGUUACUUGAGGAUCUCUGAUCCAGCGAAUUACAUAGUGGCACAUGGAUCGGUUUUCCCACGUGCACCAGGAGAUAUGGUGCACGGUGUUCCCCUCCUUCCCCACCAGGUUAAGGUCUCUGUGACCCUUGUGCUUCCUGGAAUGGGUGAAUAUACCAUUCCUUGUCCGACUGAGCAUAUGGAGACCGUGGCCGAUUUCGAGGGGAGCUUCGUUGCAUGGCCAAAGUCGUUGGUGGGCGUUGGAGAUCCCCCGGUGCAGACGGCUCGACAUGGCGACUUCUCAUCAAGCAAAUCUUGUCCCAUUCUCGACGUACGUCCCACUGCUCCUAGCUCUCCCGUACAGGAUGUUGUUGACCGGAGCUCAUACGUUGCAUUCGGGCCGAGCAUCCCUUUAUCUCCACCGCCGACCACCGCCGUCCACCCAUGCUACGGCCACCGGUCUCGGCUCUCCACAUCCGCAUCUCUUUCCGACCAACUCCAAACCCAAUCAAUCCCUCAAAGCUCAGACCCGUCUUCUCUUUCGUGUUCCUCUUCUCACCUCGUCAACGAGCUCUCUAGGAUUCUCAGCGACUUCAGGAGUCCGCAUCACGAUAUCGAGUCAGCCCUCUGUCCAUUUGGCUCCCAAAUCUCCAGCGAUCUUGUUGAACAAGUGCUCAAACGGUGCAAAAAUUUAGGGUUUUCCGCUCACAGAUUCUUCAUCUGGGCUCAGAGGCUACCGGGGUUCAAGCACAGUGAAGAUAGCUAUCGCAUUCUAGUGGACAUCUUAGGACGUAGCAAGCAGUUUCCGUUGCUAUGGGAUUUUCUCAUGGAAAUGAGAGACAAGACAUCUUGCAAAACCACUCCACACAUAUUCUCCAUUGUGAUCAGGGCUUAUUGCAGGGCUAAUCUUCCUGCUGAUGCCAUAAGGGCAUUUUGCAAGAUGGCCGAUUUUGGAAUUGAACCGAGUGUAGACGAUCUCGGGCACCUUGUGUAUGCUUUGUGCAAAAGAAAGCAGACAGAACAUGCCCAGCAAUUCUUUGACAGAGUUAAGGGGAGUUACCCACCCUGCCCAAAAUGUUAUAGCAUUUUGAUCAGGGGUUGGGGAGAGUUGGGGAAACUUUCUCAGGCACAGAAGCUGUUUGAUGAAAUGAAUCAGAGAGGGUGUUCUGCUCAUUUGCCUGCUUGGAAUGCUCUCUUGGAGUCUCUAUGCAAAGUAGGUCAGCUGAAUGAGGCUUAUACAUUCUUCAAGAAGAUGAGGUCUAUGGGGAUGGAACCGGAUGCUUUUACCUACUCCAUAUUCAUCCAUUCUCAUUGCAACUCAAAUGAUCUUCAUUCUGCUUUCAAGUUUCUUGCUAGGAUGAAGAGGUAUGAUCUUGUCCCUAACGUGUUUACUUACAAUUGCAUCAUCAAGAAACUCUGCAAGGCUAGUAAGGUGGAAGAUGCAUACCAACUGCUGAAUGAGAUGGUUGAUAGAGGGGCAAGUCCCGACUCUUGGAGCUACAAUACCAUUCUAUCUUUCCAUUGUGAUCACAAUGAAGUUAAUCAAGCGCUUAAACUAAUUUCAAGAAUGGAUCGAUGCGGUUGCCAACCAGAUCGUCACACGUAUAAUAUGAUUCUUAAAAUGCUCAUUAGGGUAGGAAGGUUUGAUAGUGCAAAUAAGGUUUGGAAUGGUAUGGAAGAAAGGGGAUACUACCCUUCAGUCUCAACAUAUGCUGUCAUGGUCCAUGGACUCUGUCGGAAGAAGGGAAAACUCGAGGAAGCUUGCAAAUAUUUUGAAAUGAUGAUUGAUGAAGGAAUACCGCCGUAUGCUUCAACCUGUGAGCAGUUGAGGAAUAAACUGAUUGGUUACGGCUUUGUAGAACAGACAGAGAUACUUGCCGUUAAGAUGGAGAGAAGCACUUCGUGUUCAAUUCAAGAGCUAGCAAGCUUCAUGAGGCGUAAUAAGACUAGCGUCAAACACAGAGGCGAAGAACACUCCGAUUGUGAUGACGACAGUGACUGAUGCUCAAUAGCAGUUUCAUUUACCAUAUAUAUUGAUGGAAAAAGAAAUCGAAUCUAUUUUUAUUUGUUUAGGGCUUAUUAGUGAUCAUAAUUGAUGUGAUCUUGAGCUCAACAGCUCCUUUUCUGGUGCACGUUGUAUUGUUGUUACACUACCUGGCUCUUUGAGCGCAUACAAAUAAUGAAAUAUGCGAUGUCGU